AUGGUGAAGUUUGGUCUUCAAUUCAAACAAGUUUUCUUCAUAGUUAUUAACGUGGAUAACUAUGAUUGUGAUUGUGAUUGUGAUUGUGAUUCCUCAACUAAUAUGAUUGUGAUUGUGAUUGUGAUUGUGAAUGUGAUUCCUCAUUUGGUGGUUGCUCUUUGUGACAUUUGUAGUGUAAGAGAGAAUCAGAUGGAUAAAAGUUGGAUAAAUCAACAUAGGUUGCACCCGGAAUACAUACAAGGGGUUAAGGAAUUUAUUAAAUUUGCAUGCGAAAAUAAGCUAUUGUUGAAUGAAGUCACAUGCCCAUGUAAACGGUGUCGUAAUGUUAAAUUGGUGGAGAAAGGCUUGUUAGGGGAACAUUUAAUGAUCAACGGGUUUCUUCCGAGUUACACCAGUUGGAUUUUUCAUGGGGAGAAUUUGUCAUCACCUGUGCCACACAAUGUGAAUGUUGGGCAAACUGAUUCGAACGAUGGUAAUGAAACGUAUGAAAUGCUAUACGAAGGAUUUGGACUUCCUCCACCAAGCUUUAUUCACGAGGCAGCAAGUUCUAGUAUUAAACAAGGUCCAGAUGAGAAAACCGAAAAAUUCUUCAAUUUAUUGAAAGAGGUCGAAAGAGAGUUGUAUCCUGAGUGUCAGAAGUUUUCAACGCUUUCAUUUAUUGUUCGGUUAUUGCACAUCAAGUGCCUUAGUGGAUGGAGUGACAAGUCUUUCACGAUGUUGCUCAAGCUUUUGAAGGAUUCGUUCCCAAAGGGUGAAACUUUGCCGAGGUCAUUUUCUGCAACUAGGAAACUUCUUAGGGACUUGGGACUCGAUUAUCAUAAGCCUCAUAUGAUGAUGACAUUGCUCAUCGAUGGUCCUUCUUCACCUGGAAAUAAUAUUGACAUCUACUUACGCCUUGUAGUGGAUGAAUUGAAAGAACUGUGGGAAAACGGUAUUGACACGUAUGAUGCGAAAACUAUUCAGAUCUUCCGAAUGCAUGCUGUGUUAUUGUGGACUAUAAAUGAUUUUCCUGCCUAUGCAAUUUUGUUUGGAUGGAGCAUGAAAGGCGCAUUAGCUUGUCCUUGUUGUAACACACAUACUCGUUCUCGAUAUUUGAAGAACGAAAGGAAAUUAUGUUACAUGGGGCAUCGUCACUGGUUAAAUGGGGGUCACAAAUUUCGGAAAACUAGUGCGUCUUUUGAUGGCACUCGUGAAUUCGAACCAUGUCCAACUCGGUUAUCAGGGACUAAUGUACUACAACAACUAGGCCCUAAGUUCAAAUUGAAUUCUAAGCAUCAACAAUCUAGCAAACGGAAUAGAAAGGGGAAAGAAAAAAAGGAAAAUGAGGACUCGGGUCAUAAUUGGAAAAAGAAGAGUAUUUUCUUUGAGCUAUCAUAUUGGGAGCAUAAUUUGAUUCGCCACAAUCUUGAUGUGAUGCACAUUGAAAAGAACGUGUGUGAUAAUGUAUUAUGGACGAUAUUAAAUGUUGAUGGGAAAGGGAAGGACAAUUUAAAUACUCGUCGAGAUUUGCAAGAUAUGAGAAUUCGGAAGGCACUACAUACUCAGAAAAGGGUUGGGAACAAGUGGUGGAAUGUCUUAUUGUUGGAUGUAGAUUGGUAUGAUUUUCCAUCUCUUGUUUUGCUCGAGGAAAAAACCUAA